CACCCUUUAUAGGAUAAUACAAUAACCAGUGCAGUGUUAAAUAGAACACCAAUUUUAUUGUGAAAGAUUAAUAGAAAAAUUAAAAAAAAAAAAAAAGAAUUAAUCUAGGGGGAAAAAAGAAAGCGGAACCAAAGUGUGGGGAUCGUUGCACCACGGUACCCAGGUGAGAGGCACCUCCCUCUUCUCUCAGACAGAGAUUUGGAGACGAAGAAGGCGGUUUGCUCUUUCACUCAUUCACGCUGUGAUUCUGUUUUCCAGGGUUGCAUCUAGGAGAGUUGAGAGCAGUGAACCCCAGUCAAAAUCAUUUGUUACUCCAGUUACACUAUUUGAAACUCGUAACAAACUGUGGGGGCUCGUCCGGGAUCUCUCCUCAUCACAACCAUCGGAGGAGCAGAUCCAGAGAUACUAGAACCACACGACCAAGGUGACAAGACGCUGCUGCAGGCCAGGAGUCAACCCGUGGGUGUCCAGGGAGGGAGAUCAAAGAGAAAAGGAUCUUCACCUCGCUUAGGAGCCGCACUGCUGAUCCUGAGGCCAACGCACACUAGUCGCUGGUGAGCCACACGGCUGAUCCUGUGGUGAUCACACACACCAGCAUCAGGGGAAUCUCAUCUGUGAUCGGGAAGUCAAAGCGCACACACGCCACUUACCAAGUCACUACACCGCUGAUUUACUGAACUAACAAACUACAAAGUGACAUCAGGACUACACGCCAUGUCAGCAAUUCGCAAAGAACUAGUAUGGAGCAUCAAGAAACAACUAUUCAGACUCUCAAGCAACGACAUCUAUCAGGUUGCAAAAGACAUUGCAAUCGACAGUCAACACAAGGAAGAGCUGAAUCCGAAUGAUGAAGAAGGCUGCAUGGAGUAUGUCGUCUCAUACAUGCAAUCUGACACCUUACUAGAACUUGAGGAUGAAGGCAUGGGUCAAUUGUUGGUUUUAAAUGAUUUGAUAUGUAAAGUAAUUAAUGCUAAUGCUCCUGUUAAUUUUCCAGUGGGUGCAUUGGGUGAUAGUAACACACAUGUUACGCCGAGUCACAGUCCAUCCACUACAAUCCCAAAUUCUGCAUCUCAACCUCAUUCGCACCCUAACAGCACAGUUAUGCAAACACAACCCCACCCUAACACUCAUACUAAUACAACAACACAGUCAGUAGAAGAACUGAGACAAGUGUAUGAAGAGCUGGGUGAGAAACUGCGACGAUGUGAAUCUACAGCGACCCCACCAACCACAAGUUACCCCCACCAGGGUGAGUCACGGCCAUUCUCUAUGUCACAGAUGAUCUCGGAGAGACCAGUAGUGCUGAAGGACCUCUCCUACCUGCAGCGCAGAGACUUCAAAGUACAUGGUGGUCAGGUUGGAGACCAGAAUUCUGAUUUAAAUUACAACAAUAUAAGCAAACAAAUCGACGAGGGAGUGAAAGAGGGCUUCGCAGAGGUAGAGGUGGUCAGAGGGGUGUUGAGGAUCAUCAAACCAGGGGCCUUUAAGGAUAUGCUUGUAAACAAAGAUUCAAUUACAGUAUCUGAACUCAAAGGCUUCCUCAGGUCCCACCUCGGCGAGAAAGCAACGACUGAGAUGUUCCAGGAAUUGAUGUGCGCCAGGCAAUCAGACCAAGAAUCGCCACAGCAGUUUCUCUACCGCAUGAUUGGGCUCAAGCAGAAACUCCUUUUCCAGUCCCGGCAGGCCAGUACAGACAUUUCAUAUGAUCCCAAGACCAUCCAGGAAGUGUUCCUCCAUACUAUCUAUCAGGGUUUGGGGCCAAAGCACGCUGACCUCCGGCAGAGACUGAGGCCUCUAAUCUCAAACAGCCAAGUCACAGAUGAGGAAAUCCUUCGCCAGGUCAUGAAAAUAAUAAGCGAUGAGAAUGAGCACCAGCGCAGACUUGGCCAACCCCCCCGACAAAAGGCAACACAAGCACACAGCGCCAAGGUGGAGACAGGAGAUUGUAACAACAAUGACAAGUCACGGGAUGCAGUGUCAGACAAUAAAAAUCUCCAGACAAUACAACAGCUCACUGCUCAGGUGGAGACCCUUACACACAUGGUGGCUUCUUUAAUUGAUCAGCAGACAGCAAAUACUCAGGUGUCUUACCCUUUAACUAGGCCAGCUCACACCCAGUCACCCACUCCUUCUCAGUCAACCCCCAGCAGACCUGUCCAACCACAGAUGAGACAACCUGUAGUCCAGGUGAGAGGAAGAAUAGCUCGUUGUCCAAAAUGUACUGAACAGAACUUACAGGAGUGCAACCACUGCUUCGUAUGUGGAGAGGCAGGACACAGAGCAUUGGGAUGUCUGCAACGAGCCAGGGUGCAGGGAAACGGGGCCCGGUCUUUGUGGAGGGACGCCCAGAGACCGGUGAGCAGCUUCAGUCCCAAACAGUAACAAAUAACAAACAAAUAACAAGACACCCCAAGCAGAACAAACAACAAAAACCACAUGCACUUACCUGCCAGAGUAACAUCACCUGCAAGGCACCCCUAGUUGGAAAGAAAAGCCUGCUGAAAUGUUUGAUUGGCGGUUACCCAGCAACAGUCCUGUUUGAUUCAGGUUCGCAAGUGAGCAUUAUUGACCAGCAAUGGACUGACACUCACAUUCCUAACUAUACAGUGAGACCCCUUUCUGAGCUCUUAGAGGAAGAACUCGGCGUCUAUGCAGUCACUGGCCAUGCCGUCCCAUACAGUGGAUGGGUUGAGCUCACUGUCAACCUUGCAGGGAAUGAAGACCCCAAUCUCACCAUCCAGGCCCCUUUCCUAGUCAGCCAGCUGCCACUGCCCCAGCCCCUUCUAGGAGCCAAUGUACUGGAGGAGAUCAUCAGAAGGAAGGAGUCCUCAGGCGAUGCAGUUGCAACGGUUAUCAGCCUUCUCCGCAGUGCAUUUGGAAUAGAGGAGGAACAAGUCGAGGCCAUCGUGAAUUUC